GAAGCGUUUGUCUUGUCGCAGACAAGAACUCAAAGCUCUGACACGAGCAGCCAGUCUGUCUGGUCAUCCACGUAUCGCUGAUGAGGCUGUUGUAUCCGCAAGCGUCGGUUCACACACUGAGAAUCAUUUUCCUCACUUCGAAAUGCCAGACGAUGUGAUACAAUCUACUUGCAGAGUCAGUCCUGCGAGUGGUGCUGUCGCUAUGGGGUCAUCAGUGAGUCACUUCCAUGAAGUAGUGAGACCCGAUUCGCCUCCUACUGCAACCAUGCCACCUUCUUGUAGCAGUGACCCACACAAGACCAAUCACACUCCAUUGACAUCACAUCAACACAACACGACAGACUUACAGAGAACAGACAAUGCACAUGGUAACAGUGAAUUCAAAGGGGAACGCUUUCCUUUCUCGCAUCGGCUCAGAGACGGAUUUCAUAAAGUCUUUCAUUUGAAACGUUAUUGGCCAAAUCAAUUGGAAGCGAUUAAUGCUGCCAUGCUGAAAGAAGACUGUUUUGUUUUAAUGCCAACGGGUGGCGGCAAGAGUCUGUGCUAUCAGCUGCCAGCUUGUGUUAGUGAUGGUGCAGUUACAGUGGUGGUUUCUCCUCUUAAAUCACUUAUUCAAGAUCAAGUUCAGAGACUACAGACAUUGAAUAUAAAUGCUGCUCAUUUACUGGGAAGCACAUCACACUCUGAAGUGCAAGAGGUGUACAAAGAUCUCUCCAGACGCAAACCAACUCUUCGGUUACUCUAUGUUACACCAGAGAAGAUUAGUGCAAGCGGAAGGCUGUUGUCUGCACUAGACAGUCUAUAUCAGAGAGGUAAACUGGAUCGUUUUGUAAUCGAUGAGGCACAUUGUGUUAGCCAGUGGGGACAUGACUUCAGACCCGAUUAUAAGCGUCUUGGUACAUUGAGGGAAAAGUUUCAGUCGGUACCAUUGAUGGCGUUGACUGCAACAGCCACCAAGAGAGUUCGUGAGGACAUCAUUCAUCAACUGAAAAUGAGGAAUUCAAAGUGGUUUGUUCAAAGUUUCAAUCGAUCAAAUCUACAGUAUGAGAUUCGUCCAAAGAGGGCAAAGCGUACAAAGCAGGAUAUCGUCGACUUGAUCAGGAACAAAUUUUGCGGAAUGUCUGGAAUUGUCUAUUGCUUGUCUCGGAAUGAAUGUGAUCAAGUUGCGGCAGAGUUGCAGCGCGGGAAAAUUUCCGCUGCUGCUUACCACGCCGGGUUAAACGACAGCGACCGCACAGCUAUCCAGCAGCAAUGGCUGUGUGACGUGCACAAAGUGAUUUGUGCGACCAUUGCGUUUGGUAUGGGCAUCGACAAGGCUGAUGUUAGGUUCGUGAUUCAUUAUUCACUUCCAAAAUCUCUUGAGGGUUACUACCAGGAGACAGGGAGAGCAGGCAGAGACGGAGAAAUUGCGCACUGCAUAUUGUUUUAUGGUUAUUCGGAUGUAGCACGACUGAGGAAGCUGAUUGACUCGGAGUUUACCAACAGUGGUCGAACGUUUGCUCAAGAUGGAGAUCCUCGAUCGAUACAUCUAGCAAACUUGAAGGCUAUGGUUCAGUAUUGCGAGAACGUGUCGGAUUGUCGUCGAGCCCAGCAACUCUACUACCUCGGCGAGUCAGUCAGUAGGCGACUAUGCGACGCCAACCCCGAAACAGCAUGCGACAACUGUUCAUCCGGGGUCAAAUUCGACAGAAACGACAUGACCGAUCUAGCUCAAUGCGUUCUUCGAAGCGUGAGACAACUGACGUCAGGCAGGGGGUCCAACUUCACACUCAACUACGUCAUCGACGUCCUACGAGGCAGCAAACUGCAGAGGAUCUUGCAACUGGGACACGACAAGCUGGAAAUGUACGGCAAGGGUCCCAGCGGUCGUUCGGACGUCGAGCGGUUUGUUCAUAAGCUCGCGUUAGAUGGUUUUCUCAUGGAGGAGAUGCAUUUGGGAAUGCACGACAACAUCAUUGGGUACGUUCGCUUGGGUAAACGCGGUGACGCCCUACUCGAGGGUAAAGCACGCUUUUUAUUCGACGUGCCCGUUUCUGUCGCCACCAAUCGACCAUCGGCGAGGACUCCGAGCGUUCCGGUGUCUGGUAGAGCUCGACAACAACUCGAAAAGGACUGUCUGAAGUCACUCAGAGAGUGGCGCAGUGCGGUUGCGCGAAAGUUCAGUGCGACGUUUAAGCCUCACUGGAUUGUCGGCGACGACGCACUGGAGGAGAUGGCGACGACGUUUCCCGUGACGAUAGAAGCUCUCCGGAACAUCUCCGGUAUCGUGCCGACUUACUUGGAGCAUUACGGAGACGAAAUCGUUGCGCUAGUAAAGCAGUAUGCACCUGGGGGUGAUCCGCCUACAGAGGUGGAGGAAGUUGACGGGCAGUCGGGGAUCGAGUCGGGGUAUUGGGCUGAUCCGUGUUACGUUGGGGAGGGAAUGGAGACGGAUGAUAAUCGUAUGCGAACAACUGUCAGUCGAUUUAAACGUAAAUGGAAGAGAGGAAGCGGACCCGGACGAUCAGGGUAUGGCAGAGGACGGGGACGAGGGAAACAGACGACGGCAGGACGGGGGAAGAGUUGCGUGCGAAGUACAAGUCGCUCUGCUCCUUCUCUGCCGGUGAAUUCGACGUCUAGGUCAUCGAAUACGAAUGACUUUGCGAGGCCAGAACUACAGAACCGAUCGGUGCCCGUCUUCAAUAACGCCAAGGUUCCGUCCAGAUCGGCUAGUGGUGUACCUCUUGUUACUCCGGGACCAAAGAGAAGAAAGGUUGGAAACUAGAUAUAACUCUGUAAUUAAUGUGUAUAAAAAUUGAUUUUUACUCGAGUGCAUAGACUUGUAGGAUCGAUGGGUAUAGUAUAUGAUGUGAAUAAUAUUUUGAAGAAGUAAAGCAGGC